CGGCACACGGCGGCAGUGCAGUAACGACUAACGUCCACAGGGACCACGAAAAAGAAUAUUUUUUAGUUCGAACUCCGUUCUUUUCCAAUGCAAGUCAAAAACAGCAUGCAGAUAGGAAAGUAAGGGGUUGUCCGCGAGUCCGUGCUGGAUUCGCUCCUCCAAUCAGUCUCACAGACGGUUGUGAGGAAGAAGGACAAACCCUCGUUUUCAGCAUUUCCUGCUUUUCAUCUGUCGGAAGUAUCUGGUGUAGUCGUGUGCUUAGCGUUGCCCGCUGAGGGUUUGUGGGUCGUCACGAUACUAGUACUAUAGUAGCCUACGAGUACGUGUAUCUAAGCGUGCGAGCACUGAAUGCGGAGCAGCACAUGACAAUGGCGUGGUUUGGCCGUAGGCAGAGUGCGUGUUACAUGUGGGCAGUGACUGCGGCGGCGACGGCUGUUCUGAUAUCACUGAGCGUUACAGGAAAUGCACAAGGCCUUACGUCACAACCUGGGCAAUAUGUGGAGGCAGAAUAUCGCCACACCAUGGGCAGGGCAAGAAGCUCCGUUACGCUGAAAUGCUGCUUGCGUGGCUUUCCAAAACUCAAUGCAGGCAGUGUGAAUGUCACGUGGACGCAUAAUGGACGGCGCAUCAACUCAACCAUUACUCGGCAGCUGAUCAACAUAGUUGACUCUUGCACUUCACCUGUUUUCGAUCUCGAAGGUACAGCGGGCAUCAUGGCAACUUUGCGCUUUGUCGAUUUACAACACAACGAUGCUGGCAACUACACUUGUAUGAUGUCAACUGGAAAUGAAACAUUAGAGGCAUCCAGUCACCUGGAGAUUGCCGUUGCUGUUGGAUCUCUGGCUGUAAACAUUUCUGGCAAAGCUAGUACAGCUGUUGUGGAGAGAGCAGGACACCCUAACCACUAUGACGCGUAUGUGCUUACCGACACGCCCGUUCUGGCAAGGCACUUGAGAAUCCGAUGUGAAGCUGUUAAUUGGAAUCCAGCACCCCAACGUCUCAUUUGGACCCAAGCUGGUACCAGGACUCUGCCUGGAGACUGGAAGCUCCGGCGGCAUCAGAAAACUGAUGUUGUUUCGAUGUAUCUAAAUCGUAUGCUGGAAUCUGCGGAUCUCAGUGAAUACGCUUGUACUGGGUCAUCCAUUGAUGGCCGAGUGGUGACUCGUAUGAUCAGCCUACAUACAGGAGAGAAACCAAGAUUUGAAGAAAUUCGUGAGAAGACUCUCCAUGAACACAUCCCUAUAACCACCGGGUGGAAUGAUGUCGAUGAGGUCAUUGUGCGAGGUUCUCCGGCACCUUCAGUUGCCAUUCAAGUGAGUAUCAACGGUAAACCAUACAAUAUCAAUUGGGAGCCAUGCACAAGUACUGGCAAUGGAACAGGACGCAGAAAGAGCAUCGAACUCAAAGACAUUGGCAUUACACUUCAAGCCUCUAUGGAGCCGCACGAGCAAAUGACCGGACCAAACGCCUGCAAAGUAUCGGUUCUCUGCUACUUCUCAGACAGCCGGCUCAGCAAUCCGAUGGGAAUAGACAUAAUCGCCACGGCUCUCAACCCUUUUGCCUCUGUCAUCUAUGCCACAUCACGCAUCUUACAGAACGCCAUCUCCCGAACACCAUAUGUCGAGGCUGAAAUCCCUGGCCCAGUAGCCAUGGCAGGUAGCUAUAAACUCCUCAGCUGCUGCUUACGAGAUGCCGCACCACAACCGGAUGCAAGCAAGGUCAACGUCACCUGGUUGCAUAAUGGGAAGCGCGUGAAGCAGAGCCUCUCUUCUAGAAUCGAUGUGUAUGGCUUGUGCGACACGGUUGUCUUCCGCGUCAAAGGUGCCAAAGGCAUUAUGACCGUACUGACCCUGUUUGAUGUGCGUGACCACGUACAUGCUGGCAACUACACUUGUGCAAUGGAGACUGAUGCCGGGGUAUUCCAGGACACUGCCAUUCUGGAUGUCACUAGGGCUUGUUUUCCACCACGGUUUGACACAGAUAAUGGCUAUCCACAGAAAGUGUACAAUGUCAACUGGGGUGAGACUCUUGAAGUCACCUGCACCUUGCUAUGCGGAGAUUUUCAGAGGCUCACGCGACAAUUAAAACAAAUUGGUGGUAAUCAACUGGAGAUUGAAGAUAAUGAUGAAUAUGGUGACAGGAAAAUACUAAACGGAACAUCGCAUUAUUCACGUACUUGGGUGAUUGAAAAUAUUGACGGAGCCAAUGAUGGUCUUUGGGAGUGCCAUGGGACUUCACUGGCCAGAUCAGCACGGACUCAAUUUCGUAUCAACGUCAAAGUGGUUGUCGGAUCUGUGAAGCUGAGCAUUUCCGGCAAGUCGAAUGCGUCUGUUAUGGAGGAGAGAGCAGGACAUCCCCACCACUAUAAUGUGUAUGUGCUUGCCGACACGCCAGUUCUGGCAAAACAGCUGAAAUUCCGCUGUCGUGCCACUGAUUGGAGUCCAGCACCUCAAAGUCUCACAUGGAGCCGUCUUGAUGGAGCCAAUCUUGUCAAAGAUUGGAAGUUGAGACAUGGUCCUCAAAACUCGUCUAUUCUCAUGAGCCUAAGACGUACACUAGAUCACACCGUGCUUGGUGAAUACUCUUGCAACAUCUCGUCCGUUGAUGGAGAAACGCAAACACGUAUGAUAAAUCUGCAAGAAGGAGAGAAGCCUAGCGCUGAAGACGCAUCUGAAAGUAGCAGCACGGGUCUGAUUGCCGUCAGCACUGGAUGGAACAGCAUUACCGAAGUCAUUGUUCGUGGAGCCCCUGCUCCUUUACUGAUGCUGCAGGUGUCAGUCAAUGGCGAGGAGUACAAGCCCAUUCACUGGACACCGUGUACAGCAGAGGCUAAUGGCCGCAGAUUCCAAUACCUGGAGAACAGUGAUAGCGACAGCACACAGCUGGAAGAUUUGGGCAUCAAACUUCAAGCCAGUACUAAGCUACAUGGCGGCCAGGUCGAGGGCUUGAUCGCCUGUGAAGUACAGAUUCUUGGCUACUUUCCUAGUCGGCUAAAUGACACCAUAGAUGUAGAAAUAAACAUCACCUCGAGCAACUUCUUUGGGUCUGAUGUCUACUCCAAACCACUAACAUUAUAUGAAGCAGUGGGAGAUCCUAGCAUUGUAAUCAGGCCACACUGCCAAUCGGAUCAGCCUGAUGCGACCGAAAUGAACACAUGCUCCAGAUACCUAUCCUGCUCUCAGCCCCAUCACGCCUACAUGAUACCAUCCAUACAGUGGUCACUGAAUGGAUCACCAGUUCAACCUGGUGCAGACAUGCGGGAUAGUCGGCAUGGCAACUUGGCAACAUCCAACCUCGCACUGGACCAUGUCAAUCUAGCGGAUGCUGUUAGAUUUUGCUGUGAACCAACCUGGUCGGACUUGGAGCUUAACAAGAGCAGGUGUAUUGAGUUGAAAGCUCCUAUGGCCAACAUUACGCAAAAUGGCCAAUUAGUUCCAGGAAAGAUACUGCGCGUGUCGAAGAUUGAACCACUGGAAGUCACUCUAGCCUGCACAGCUAGUGGCAGUCCUCAACCCAAAGUGAUAUGGACUGCUGAAUCCAGUGCUGGUAUGUUGCCAACAAGCGGCCUUUCUCGCCGUCAUCUCGUUACCAUCAACAUCAGUCAACUUGCUCAUAAUGAAGCGAUCAAUGUGACUUGUAUAGCCAGCAGUGACCUUGGACGUGUUAUACGUGAUGUCACCAUUCUUAUGCAAGACCCAGGCUCGCUUGGUGCUGGUGGUACCAAAAACUCCUCACAGACAUACCUCCUAGCAAUCAUAGCUAGUACAGCCAGUGUCAGUUUCAUCUUGUUGGCUGUUGUCUUCAUUUUCUGCCGCAAGAUACGCCAGCAAGACAAGGAAGUGAGAAAGACUACAUUGGAAACACUGAUCAAAGGAACACUGCCGCCGCCAGUCGGUAUGAGAUACGAAAAGCCCGAAGACCUGAUGAUGCAUAUGAAGCUGUCGCCUCAAGCAUCCACUGCCACCCUUGCUCAUCCAGCUAUGCUGACGCCCUCACACACAAUGCUUAGUCUUCACUCAGUGCAGAGCUUGUGUAAAGCUGAUCCAGAGUGGGACGUGCCCAUUGAGCACAUAACCUGCGGCGAGGAGAUUGGCCGCGGUGCGUACGGUAUCGUGUUCAGCGGCACCAUGAUGGACACCAGUAAAGACCCGGACAAGCCACAGCAGGUCAAGGUCGCUAUCAAAGUACCUGCUAGUGAUGGUCUUGAUGCCAAUGCGGACAUUCUGAAGGAGAUUGAAAUUCUGAAGCAGCUGGGAAAGCAGCCUCAUCCGAAUGUCAUCAGCCUUCUUGGAAUCUGCACAGCAAAUAGUCGCGGCGCUGGUGCAUCAGAUGGAUACAUUCUCCUAAUGGAGCUUGCCGAACAAGGCAACCUACUCAAGUUGCUACGCCGUCGCCGUGGCUUGUCCAGGAAUAUCCGCACACAGCUGAGCCAGCUAAACCGAGCAAGCAUGGCACUACCAGACACAAUCCAGCGGCGAGCCAGCGAAGACAGCAUGGUAGUACAGUCCACUCCGUGUGAGAUGAGUCCCCAGGAUGAUAAUAUGAGUGCCCGCACCAUCAAUACGCAGUUCACCACCUCGCUGAGUGGUGAUAGUACAUGCACCAGCAGCAAGGAGAAAUCACCGACUAGCCCGGUGGCCGCCAUGGAUAUCCCGUCCAUCAUGAUGGCGCGCAUGCAGAGCCGCUCACAGCAAAUCCAGCCAGAAGACAUGCUGCGACCUCGUGAUAUUUUCAACUUUGCACGCCAGAUUGCCAAGGGAAUGGAGUUUCUAGAGUCCCAGCGGUGCGUUCACCGAGACCUGGCGGCACGGAACGUUCUAGUCUGCGAGGACUUCAAGCUGAAGAUCUCUGACUUUGGGCACUCACGACAAAUGACGGAAGACAUGGUCUACCAUGGCCGCACGCAGAGGAAAAUGCCGGUUAAAUGGCAUGCUAUUGAGUCCCUGUUCGACAGCAUCUAUACGUCCCAAAGCGAUGUAUGGUCUUUUGGAGUUGUCCUGUGGGAAGUCGUAACACUUGGAUGUAUGCCAUACCCCGGCGUACCUUACACCAGCCUGUUCACAUUACUCACGUCCGGUACGCGCAUGCCAAAACCGACGGGUUGCUCGGAUAAGCUCUAUCAGGUCAUGUUGGAUUGCUGGCAAACCGUACCAGAGGAAAGGCCAAGCUUCACCCAGCUUGUGGAGACCAUGGACAAUCUGCUAGAAGAGGCAGCGCAAGUAGCUGACGAUAUCCAAUACAUUGACGUGCAGGAUGUACUCAGGGUACAAGAGUCUGAAGACAUCUCUCUGAUUGACGAGGAAGAAGAGGAGGCCGAUACUUCCACUGAGCGUAAGCUACGCGUGAACAUGAGAGCAGAAAAGGUUGUUACUCCAACGGCUGACGAGCACGAACAAAGUGACAGUCAACAGGCACAACUCCAACCACCAGCAAGUCACCACCUGCCCAUGAUUCUCGAGGUGAACUCUGCGCGCAGUGAAGCACCAGCAUUCAUGUAGCCAGAACACUCGACCAUGUUGUUCUCGAUCCGGCUUGCGCGGAUAAUGACAGAUCUAUAUCAAUUCAGUUAUUGCUUACUGAUGUGCUGGGAGAGAAGGCGCCGUGAAGCUCUUCCACCUAGUGUUGUGUGGGUAUUGUUGGUAAGGCACAGCUGCUGCAGUAGUUGUGACUUUGCUGGUACAUGUGUAAGUACAGCUGUACUGCAAGCCGUUGGCUACUGCACAUGCACCAUGCCCGUUCUCCAGCAUACAGCGUAACCUAGCAGUUAAAGUACUCUUGAGUAACUCCAUCACAGCUAACCAGAUAUGUGCAUCAGCUACAUUAACUUAUACUGCUAGAGACAGGAACAACUUGACAGUGUAUACUAUCACACACGCCAUAUCGGUAAUAUAGUCUGUUCUUCUAGUCAACAACACCUAGCUCUUUAAAAGCCAACCACCAAGGUUGUAUGCCGGAUAGUAUUUUAAAUUAAUGUACAUAAGCCGCCCAGCAAUAAGCUUCUGCAUUGUUAUCGGUCCUUUGAAGUACAUGUAAAUUCAGAACAUUGAAAACCUAUCUCUGCACAUCUGAAAAGCGAAAUGCGUUCAAAUUUCUUAAUUUCUCACAUAAGCAGAAUUCUCUAAUAUCGUAUUGUGCUAUAAAACUUGAUUUUUCGACCCUCCCUCGCUUCUCAUCCGCAGCUCCAUAAUUGUAAGCUGCUAUUUACGUUCAAUUACAGCUAUGUACGCCGCAUUAGCUGCAGAAGAAUUUGCAAUUGCCGAAAUCCAGAAGAUUUCACCUCCAA